AUGUGUACGCUCAUCAAUGAUUUCUCUUUUCCACGUCAUCAUCAUCUCCAAUUUCACACAAUCGGAGGAAAGGUGGACGCCGUGGUGAUUGAGAUUUCAUCGUUUGCAGGAAGUGAGAUCGGUUUGAAGGAUGCGCUUCUGAAAUUUACCACACCAAAUGUUUGCAUAAUUGGAGCAGGUGGUUCAAGGGUUCGCCUGAGUAUGUUGGCUCAUGCUGCAAAGCUGGCUCGUCUUGGUGUUGAGUACAUUGAUCUCUAUUAUCAACCCCGAGUUGAUUCACCUUUGCCUAUUGAGGAUACAAUUAAUCAUUCUUCCUAUGCUGCAUUAUAUGACUGA